AAAAGAUGAAAAUAUAUUACUUAAGGGAAACUGAAGUAAAAUUUUAAAAAUGGUAUACAGAUAGUCCUUUUUAAUUUUUCCAAUCCAAACGAUACCGUUUUCAAGUUAUCACAUGGCCUACUAGAGAUAUCUCUAGUAGGCCGUGGUUAUCAUCCCUUCAUUUACAUCUCUGCUGUCAUGGGUACUUCUCGUUUAGGCACAAGACUUUUACCCAAAGUCGAUAUACUAACUUAUUUGUGUUCAGGUAGCCACUGCUUGGUUGGGCUGGUAUGUCAUGCUUGUCUGGUAUAUAGUUAACUUCCCGAAUCCAAAAAUGACUUAAAUGCCUAUUUACAUUCUACAUAAGUUUGGAUAUUUUUUUUUGUAAAACGAACAAUAGCAUUUAAGCCAUGCUUGUUUUAAAAAGUAUUUCUACCACUGAUGCCUUAAAAUAGUAUUUAUUAAAAAGUUUUUCGCAUAUGAGAAUAAUGAGAUAUCGCCAAAGCAAAUCAUUAGCUUACCAUGUUCUAUUGUAAGGGAUGUUUGUGCACUUAAGCAAGAAGCACUUGUGACGUCUCGGGUACAAAUAUAAAUUAGAAUAACUUGGAAACGGUACUGUUUCGAAUGGAAAAGUUAAAAUGGUAGAUUUUGCUCAGUAAGGACUUUCUAUACACAUUUUAUAAAAUUUGACUCCAGCCCCUAUUUGGUUCUAAAUAAAACCUAUUUGUCAACGGAUCACUAAAAGUUCUAUUCCUUUAUUAUUGUGUGUAAGUGAUAAAGUUGUGUACGUCUGAAGGCAUUUUGGUUUAUUAAACCAGAAACCAGAGUGGUUGGUGUAUCGUCCAGUAUCUACCUUAUGACUGUACACUGUUUCUUUGUAUUUAUAUAUAUAAUUUACGUUUAUGCUGUUUGUAGUUUCUAUAUUUUUAUAGCUUUUACUUUAUAGUGUAUUUUAUUCUUUAGAUUAAUAUACAUGCAGAUACUAGUUAUAAAGAAUGUGCUGAAUAAUGAGUGAAGAUGAACAAAAAUCUUACAAGCGAAAACUUUCUGAAAAUGAUGAUCGUCCAAAUUUAUUAUCGGGUUCAGAGAAAAAAAAGAAAAAAAGAGAAAAUUCUUCCAACAGCAGCCGACCAAAAUAUUAUCCAUUGUCUGAGAGACAACAACUUGCACUGUUAAUGCAAAUGACAGCUGAAGAGAAACCUGCUUCAGACGUUGAUUCAACACCAACAUCAUCAUCACGCCGCACACCGGGUAGCAGUGGUAGGAAAGAUAAGGUCAACAAACGUAACGAGCGAGGUGAAACUCCUUUACACUUGGCAACUAUACGUGGGGAUAUGCAUGCAAUCGUGGAUCUAAUAAAACAGGGAGCUGAUAUUAAUGUGCAAGAUUAUGCAGGUUGGACACCUUUACACGAGGCGUGCAAUCAUGGUUACUCUGAAAUAGCAAAAUUCUUGUUGGAAAGUGGAGCAAAUGUAAAUUCGAAGGGAUUAGAUGAUGAUUAUCCACUGCAUGAUGCAGUUAUCAAUGCUCACUCUGACCUGGUGCACUUGUUGUUGAAACAUGGAGCGAAUCCUCUCCUUCCAAACAAACAUGGUGAGCGACCCCUUGACCUUGGUGAUGAUGAAUCGAUUCGUAAAAUGAUGCAAGCUGAAGUGAUACUCAGUGAUGAAAGUGAUCAGGAAGGAUCUUCUCUUGAUCCUCUUAUCAAGGAAAUUCAGGAAACUGAAGCAAAAUCUCACACGAUAAGGUCAUCAAUGGGUGUAGUGACAUCUGCUCAUUCCCCCAGUAAACCACACGCAUCUACUGCAAGUCGCGAGUUGUUCAAACAGACAGCUGCUCCAACAGAUUACAAAGGUUUUAGUGUUUCAUCAUUAGAUUCCGAUUCAAAUGAAUAUGAUCGUAUUAUUCAAGUUAAACAAACUGACCGUUUAACUAAGUCAUCGAUCAGCUGUUUAAAACCAUCUCAAGACAUUGAAUUAAUCAGAACUAAUUCCUCUCCAAAAGAUGAUACACCGACUGAGUUAAGAUACUCCAAAAUCAAUCGGAAAAAUGAUUGUGACAUCAGCAGUUGUAUUUCUCCCAACAUUGUAGGUGGUGAUAAGAUGACCAGUCUUGUCCACACACCCCUUAAACAUGAUGUUUAUGAUUUCUCUCCAACUUCUGAAGAUUCUUUAAACAAUGCUGGUGGUAUCAGAUUAAAACCAAGUCUCCAUUACGGUACAGAACGAUGGUCAGAUUCAAAAUCAAAAGGGAAAGAUUGUUUGUAUGAAACAUCUGAAAUGAUGUUUGAUCGUUUGUUCAAAUCACCAACUAAUUACAUAGAUUCAAAAUUGGCCGAAUCCAAACCUGCAUCUUAUUCCUUACAAGAUAAUCAUAAUGUCAAUAGUGUUAACUCUGCUGAGGUUUGUGAAGGUGAAGAAAAAAAUAAACUAUCAAGUAAACUAACAAACUUUGGUAGUCCAUCAGUCAUCCCAACUUCUACACCAACCAAGGUGGAUUCUGCAAUACCCGCAUCACCCAUGUCUAUCACAUGCACUGCUGAAUCAGGGACUGAAAAAUCAAGUUUGUUUCAGGACUCUGUAGAAAGCAAUAGUUCGAAUAAAUCAUAUUCAGAUGUUCCAAAAACUGUACCAAAAUUAUUGAAAAGUGGAAAGACGUCAGAUGAUACAAAGAAAACCACUACCAUCAAACCUCAAAACCAAAAGCGUGAUGUAAAAUUAGAUGUCAAAAAAACACUAACCUUUUCAAAAUCAAAUUUAAUCUGUUACACAGAUAGUGUUUCACGUCAACAAAACCAUAAACAGCAGAAACUCAAACAAAAAAAAGUACAAAAGAAAGAAAAAAGCUUAAAACAUGAAGAGAAAAAGGUUUUAAGACGUGCUGAAGUGAAGCUUCUUGAUACAGAUUCAUGGCUUGGAUCUCCAGUGGAUAAAAUUAAACCUAAAAAACUAGCCAGACCUUUUGUCAAAAAGAUUAUUGAUUCUCAGAGUGAUGUACCAGCAACUACAACUUCAGAAACAUUAAGUGAUUUUGUCACAACCACUGACCAACAAUGGCUUGGAUCUCCAGUGGAUAAAAUUAAACCUAAAAAACUAGCCAGACCUUUUGUCAAAAAGAUUAUUGAUUCUCAGAGUGAUGUACCAGCAACUACAACUUCAGAAACAUUAAGUGAUUUUAUCACAACCACUGACCAACAAACUGAAUUAGGUGGACCACCUGUGUUGAAAGCAAAUGAAACACCAGUGACGUUCAGUUACCUAAUUCAAAGUACAACAAAUGACAAAAGUAUUCCAGCCCUUCACACGCAGAAGCAAGUUAACCAGCCUUCUGUAACCACAGUGACAGUAAAGUUACCUCCAUGUACUCACCAUCCUUACACAGUCCUAUCUUCUAGUAAGGAAAAUACAGUUACUAGUAACUCAAAUGUAUUACCAACAGAUAUGGAAUGCAAAUUUCCUGUUAUUUCUGCACCAAACGUUUCAAAACCUUCUACAGUCAUCACAUGUAUUGAUAUGCCUUCUGUUGAAUUUCCAAUAUCAAGUUGUAAUGUCACAUCGGCAGUAAACACAAAAAUGAACGAAUCAUUCUCAUCAACAUCCGGAAAUACAACUGUUGUCUCAACCACCACCACUGUAACAUCCACGUUGAAAGUAGAAGAAAAAGAAAGCAAUAAUACUCUGCAUGAGCUUGACUUACAACAUCAUCAGCAAAUUGAUAAUGAUCAACAAAAGAAAAAAUUAAAUAGUCCUAUUAAAGAAAAGGUAGAACUAACAAAACAACAGAAACUUAUCCAAGAAUAUAUUAAACAGAGGCUUGAACUUGACACCAUAGACUUCGAAUGUGAAAAAAGGAAGCAGUUACCUAUCUAUAUUCCACUUGAAAAACUUGUUGAAUCGGCAAAACAAUCGAAUGUUUAUGAAGAAAGGCUUUCUAUUCAAAAGUGGAUGAUGGAAAAAAGAAAACGAUUCACUUCUAUCAUUCCACAGGCUCCCCAGUAUUACUGGGAAUACAUGACCUUUACUGGUGGUUAUCUGCUUGUUGGUAAUGUGGAGAGCAGAUUAUCUGUCCCUGUUCUAGCACCUCCACCAUUUAUUUGUGGGCCGAUGACCGACCUUUUUAAAUCACACGAAGAGCAAAGAGUAAAACUUCGAGUACAACACGCAAUCGAACGUGAAAAGAUGAUCAUUUCAUGUGAGCAAGAAAUGAUGCGUGUUCAUUCACGUGCUGCAAGGACUGUUCAUAAUCAGCAGGCACCAUUCAGUGCUUGUUCAUUAUUGAUGGAUAAUGAAGUUUAUAAUAUUCCCCGACAAACAAAUGAUGAAAGUGGUAAACCUUCAAUUCGGGAUCGGUUUAAUGCACGAAUGUUUUUAGCUUGGCUGCAGGAUGUUGAUGAUAAAUUUGAAAAGAUGAAAAAAGGUUUAUUGUCUCGACAAAAACACGAAGCAGAAGCAAUGUUUGCAGUUCAGAAAACUGAAUGGUUGCUUAAACUACAGGAGCUGGACGUUUCUCAUCGAACUUUUCAACAAAGUGAAGUAAAUGAGCUUCAUGUUCCAAUGGUCAACAUUUCAGAUGAUUUUGAUCUUCUACCUGCUUAGUUUACUUCUUUGAUUAUUUUGAAUAAAAUAUUCACAUUUAAAUUUUGUGUUUGUUGGUACUGAAGUAAUAUUACAUAGAUGUGAAUUGCA